UCAUAUACAGGAAGUGUUAGAGGAACCGUAGGACAGGUCCGGAAAAACCCCUCCAGCUGAACUUUAGGUCACUUCUGUGGUUCAAAGGGGCAUCUUGGCUGCCAAAACGAGGACUACUGGGGAAUGGCUGCACAUAGACCUUUUCUCGCUCUUGCCGCGUGUCUUCUGCUGUGUCAACAAACAUCUGGUAAGACGGACGCUCCCUGCCAGCUCUCCAAAUGGAACAACGGCUACAAUACGUUCCUGAAGCGCCACGUUCCUUCUGGGACUCCUGCUUCUCUCGACCAGAACCAGUGGGAGAAGUACAUCAAGAGUCUGGGAACCUGUUCCAGACCCACGCAGUCCUUCCUCCGCCUGGAAGACCUGGAGAAGGUGAGAGCUGUGUGCUCAAAUAGUGGUGGCAAGGUGUUCAAGGACAACCUGUGUAUCAGCCGGCAGCCUUUUACUUUUGUCACAGUCAGGAGUCAGAUGAACACCUGCGAGAUCAAAAAGGUUCAAUAUGAAACUAAACACCUGAUCCUGGCUUGUGAAUUGCUGGAGAAUCAGUGCGUUCCGGUCCACUUUGAGGGAAAUCCUACAGAUGAAAAACCUGGAAAUAAUGCCAAAGCCUGCCAGGAUCCAUCAAAAAGUCAUGCUCCCAGCUUCAAAAUGUCAUGGGUCUGCUUGUUGCUUGCUGCUCUAAUGAUCAUUUAUGACUUCUGAUACGGUUUUAAAUUAUAAUUGUAAGGAACUAAGACUGACGGAUUUAUCCAAAUACAUUCUUGUUCUUUUAAGGUUUCUGUUAUUCCAGUCUUGACAUUUCAUUUGGAGCUUUUGAUUUUGAAGCAUCAACAUGCCUGACAAAUGUAUUUUAAAUGAAUGUAAACUUUUUUAAACAUAUAUUUUUGUAACAAAAGUUCCUGUUUGUAUAUGCAUGUACCUUUGGCUCCUCUGUGGGUUUUAUUUGACAUGUUUAGUAAUGAACAUAUCUGACUUUUAAAACUGAAUAAAUAAUAAUGCAUUUCUACUUUAAA